UGUUCUGCCUCCAACCCCUUCAGCAACAUGACCAGCCUAUACUACAAACUGAUCGUCAACUAUGGACCGGAGAUGCCAAUAAUUACAGGACCAGCAUUAGGAGAAACAGGACACAGCGUGACCUUCAACUGCUCAGCUUCCUCUCAGCCUCUCAGCCAGUUCAGCUGGUUCUUCAAUGGCUCCCAGGUGGCAACUGGCUCAAAGUAUGAUACUGGCCCACUGACUUUAGCCAGUCAUGGGGUGUACACCUGUGUGGCCUUCAACAACAUCACUGUCAGAAACAGCACUGUCACCAAGAUGCUCACUGUCGUUGCAACAGUGACCAUGACCAUGGUGAAAGUCAUUGGAGCCCAGCCAAUCCUGAACGAGAGAUUCUCUCUGACCUGUGGCACCGCUGGAACGGUUUACUCCAUUCAGUGGAUGAGGAACGGCUGGCCUCUGUAUGCUGACAACAGAACAGACUUCUCUAUGAACAACAAUACACUGACAUUCAACUCUGUCCAGCAUUCUGACAACGGAGACUAUCAGUGUUCUGCCUCCAACCCCUUCAGCAACAUGACCAGCCCAUACUACAAACUGAUCGUCAACUAUGGACCGGAGAUGCCAAUAAUUACAGGACCAGCAUUAGGAGAAACAGGACACAGCGUGACCUUCAACUGCUCAGCUUCCUCUCAGCCUCUCAGCCAGUUCAGCUGGUUCUUCAAUGGCUCCCAGGUGGCAACUGGCUCAAAGUAUGAUACUGGCCCACUGACUUUAGCCAGUCAUGGGGUGUACACCUGUGUGGCCUUCAACAACAUCACUGUCAGAAACAGCACUGUCACCAAGAUGCUCACUGUCGUUGCAACAGUGACCAUGACCAUGGUGAAAGUCAUUGGAGCCCAGCCAAUACUGAACGAGAGAUUCUCUCUGACCUGUGGCACCGCUGGAACGGUUUACUCCAUUCAGUGGAUGAGGAACGGCUGGCCUCUGUAUGCUGACAACAGAACAGACUUCUCUAUGAACAACAAUACACUGACCUUCAACUCUGUCCAGCAUUCUGACAAAGGAGACUAUCAGUGUUCUGCCUCCAACCCCUUCAGCAACAUGACCAGCCUAUACUACAAACUGAUCGUCAACUAUGGACCGGAGAUGCCAAUAAUUACAGGACCAGCAUUAGGAGAAACAGGACACAGCGUGACCUUCAACUGCUCAGCUUCCUCUCAGCCUCUCAGCCAGUUCAGCUGGUUCUUCAAUGGCUCCCAGGUGGCAACUGGCUCAAAGUAUGAUACUGGCCCACUGACUUUAGCCAGUCAUGGGGUGUACACCUGUGUGGCCUUCAACAACAUCACUGUCAGAAACAGCACUGUCACCAAGAUGCUCACUGUCGUUGCAACAGUGACCAUGACCAUGGUGAAAGUCAUUGGAGCCCAGCCAAUCCUGAACGAGAGAUUCUCUCUGACCUGUGGCACCGCUGGAACGGUUUACUCCAUUCAGUGGAUGAGGAACGGCUGGCCUCUGUAUGCUGACAACAGAACAGACUUCUCUAUGAACAACAAUACACUGACCUUCAACUCUGUCCAGCAUUCUGACAAAGGAGACUAUCAGUGUUCUGCCUCCAACCCCUUCAGCAACAUGACCAGCCUAUACUACAAACUGAUCGUCAACUAUGGACCGGAGAUGCCAAUAAUUACAGGACCAGCAUUAGGAGAAACAGGACACAGCGUGACCUUCAACUGCUCAGCUUCCUCUCAGCCUCUCAGCCAGUUCAGCUGGUUCUUCAAUGGCUCCCAGGUGGCAACUGGCUCAAAGUAUGAUACUGGCCCACUGACUUUAGCCAGUCAUGGGGUGUACACCUGUGUGGCCUUCAACAACAUCACUGUCAGAAACAGCACUGUCACCAAGAUGCUCACUGUCGUUGCAACAGUGACCAUGACCAUGGUGAAAGUCAUUGGAGCCCAGCCAAUCCUGAACGAGAGAUUCUCUCUGACCUGUGGCACCGCUGGAACGGUUUACUCCAUUCAGUGGAUGAGGAACGGCUGGCCUCUGUAUGCUGACAACAGAACAGACUUCUCUAUGAACAACAAUACACUGACAUUCAACUCUGUCCAGCAUUCUGACAAAGGAGACUAUCAGUGUUCUGCCUCCAACCCCUUCAGCAACAUGACCAGCCCAUACUACAAACUGAUCGUCAACUAUGGACCGGAGAUGCCAAUAAUAACAGGACCAGCAUUAGGAGAAACAGGACACAGCGUGACCUUCAACUGCUCAGCUUCCUCUCAGCCUCUCAGCCAGUUCAGCUGGUUCUUCAAUGGCUCCCAGGUGGCAACUGGCUCAAAGUAUGAUACUGGCCCACUGACUUUAGCCAGUCAUGGGGUGUACACCUGUGUGGCCUUCAACAACAUCACUGUCAGAAACAGCACUGUCACCAAGAUGCUCACUGUCGUUGCAACAGUGACCAUGACCAUGGUGAAAGUCAUUGGAGCCCAGCCAAUACUGAACGAGAGAUUCUCUCUGACCUGUGGCACCGCUGGAACGGUUUACUCCAUUCAGUGGAUGAGGAACGGCUGGCCUCUGUAUGCUGACAACAGAACAGACUUCUCUAUGAACAACAAUACACUGACCUUCAACUCUGUCCAGCAUUCUGACAAAGGAGACUAUCAGUGUUCUGCCUCCAACCCCUUCAGCAACAUGACCAGCCUAUACUACAAACUGAUCGUCAACUAUGGACCGGAGAUGCCAAUAAUUACAGGACCAGCAUUAGGAGAAACAGGACACAGCGUGACCUUCAACUGCUCAGCUUCCUCUCAGCCUCUCAGCCAGUUCAGCUGGUUCUUCAAUGGCUCCCAGGUGGCAACUGGCUCAAAGUAUGAUACUGGCCCACUGACUUUAGCCAGUCAUGGGGUGUACACCUGUGUGGCCUUCAACAACAUCACUGUCAGAAACAGCACUGUCACCAAGAUGCUCACUGUCGUUGCAACAGUGACCAUGACCAUGGUGAAAGUCAUUGGAGCCCAGCCAAUCCUGAACGAGAGAUUCUCUCUGACCUGUGGCACCGCUGGAACGGUUUACUCCAUUCAGUGGAUGAGGAACGGCUGGCCUCUGUAUGCUGACAACAGAACAGACUUCUCUAUGAACAACAAUACACUGACAUUCAACUCUGUCCAGCAUUCUGACAAAGGAGACUAUCAGUGUUCUGCCUCCAACCCCUUCAGCAACAUGACCAGCCCAUACUACAAACUGAUCGUCAACUAUGGACCGGAGAUGCCAAUAAUUACAGGACCAGCAUUAGGAGAAACAGGACACAGCGUGGCCUUCAACUGCUCAGCUUCCUCUCAGCCUCUCAGCCAGUUCAGCUGGUUCUUCAAUGGCUCCCAGGUGGCAACUGGCUCAAAGUAUGAUACUGGCCCACUGACUUUAGCCAGUCAUGGGGUGUACACCUGUGUGGCCUUCAACAACAUCACUGUCAGAAACAGCACUGUCACCAAGAUGCUCACUGUCGUUGCAACAGUGACCAUGACCAUGGUGAAAGUCAUUGGAGCCCAGCCAAUCCUGAACGAGAGAUUCUCUCUGACCUGUGGCACCGCUGGAACGGUUUACUCCAUUCAGUGGAUGAGGAACGGCUGGCCUCUGUAUGCUGACAACAGAACAGACUUCUCUAUGAACAACAAUACACUGACCUUCAACUCUGUCCAGCAUUCUGACAAAGGAGACUAUCAGUGUUCUGCCUCCAACCCCUUCAGCAACAUGACCAGCCCAUACUACAAACUGAUCGUCAACUAUGGACCGGAGAUGCCAAUAAUUACAGGACCAGCAUUAGGAGAAACAGGACACAGCGUGACCUUCAACUGCUCAGCUUCCUCUCAGCCUCUCAGCCAGUUCAGCUGGUUCUUCAAUGGCUCCCAGGUGGCAACUGGCUCAAAGUAUGAUACUGGCCCACUGACUUUAGCCAGUCAUGGGGUGUACACCUGUGUGGCCUUCAACAACAUCACUGUCAGAAACAGCACUGUCACCAAGAUGCUCACUGUCGUUGCAACAGUGACCAUGACCAUGGUGAAAGUCAUUGGAGCCCAGCCAAUCCUGAACGAGAGAUUCUCUCUGACCUGUGGCACCGCUGGAACGGUUUACUCCAUUCAGUGGAUGAGGAACGGCUGGCCUCUGUAUGCUGACAACAGAACAGACUUCUCUAUGAACAACAAUACACUGACAUUCAACUCUGUCCAGCAUUCUGACAACGGAGACUAUCAGUGUUCUGCCUCCAACCCCUUCAGCAACAUGACCAGCCCAUACUACAAACUGAUCGUCAACUAUGGACCGGAGAUGCCAAUAAUAACAGGACCAGCAUUAGGAGAAACAGGACACAGCGUGACCUUCAACUGCUCAGCUUCCUCUCAGCCUCUCAGCCAGUUCAGCUGGUUCUUCAAUGGCUUCCAGGUGGCAACUGCCUCAGAGUAUGAUACUGGCCCACUCACCUUAGCCAGUCAGGGGGAGUACACCUGUGUGGCCUUCAACAACCUUACUGGCAUAAACAGCACUGCUUCAAAGAUGCUCACUGUCGUUGGCCACUCGCCUGCCCCUCCGUUCCAGUCCAGAGUUGGUCUGAUGCUGACGGCCCUGUUAGCCCUCUCUCUAUGCCUCUGAUCAACCACUGAGAUCCCCACAGUAUGCACACUGCAUGUCUGUCUGCUGGCUGGGAGCCAAUCACUCCCUUCCCUCUACCCCCACUGACUCUCCUUGCUGAUCUGAAAAAGGGCUGGAUAGAAAUAAGUAGUAUUGUCAAUAUUGUAAUUGCCUCACCUCACCACCAUAGGGCUGGGUUUAGCGUGCUUAGCUCCUUAGCUCUUUUCCAAUGCUUUUAGAAUGUGAGGAGAGUCAACAAGAGGUCAGAUGAGAGGGGCCUAUCCCCUUAGAAUAGAACCCACCUCUACAAUGUGUUUUUAUGUCAAUAAUCUCUAUAAACAUAUUUUCUUUUUUAAAACUAAAGUCUUGAAAACUGGUCUUCAACAACAACAAGGUAAUUGAAGGCGCAAAGAUUCGCUGCUCAGUUGUGCUGCCUAUUUCUGAUUGUAAUUAAAUGUUCUUAGAUAUUCACUGCCCUUGUGACUGUGACUGUUGCUCUGGAGUCCAUUCACUGAGUCCCUUUCUGUGUUCUGUAUUUGAUCAUGUAUGUAAACUCUGUUAUUUAAGUACAAAUUCAGGUUUAAUUAACUUGUAAAUACCUUAAAGGUAAAACAUUUCAAUUGAUAGUACAGUUAACUGGUGUUUAUGUAAAAUAUGACUUGUUUUUGCAUAAGCUUGUAAAUUCUCGGAGGAGACGCAGGCUUGUGCUGUUGUCUUAUGUUUAUACUUCCUCUUCAUUAAUUAUUGUCUUAAAUAAAGUGUUGUCUUUUCACCCAUGUCCUACUGAAU